CCCUGUACGCAGGACUUACACCAGACCCUGACCGGAGGAUAGGUGUGCACAAAACCGGACAGGACUGACCCGGAUCUGUGUCUUCUGCCUGUGCAGUGUGUAGGAAUUUACUCUGCUCAGUUCGGUUCGGUUCGGUUCGGCUCGGUUCUGCUCGACUCGGCUCGGUUCGGGGCUCUGCUUCUCUGUUGUGGAUCUGUGGGGUCCGUUUGUCUUCGGCUCGGACCGAGAUGACAGGGAAGGUGAGCCGGACCGGAGCGUGCGGGACGAGGCCGUGAGCAGAGGGGAGAACGCGUGCCAGAGCGCACGCCACCGAAUGAAUGAGAGAUGGAGAAACUACUGAAGCAGGUGGUGUGUGUCUGCGUGUUGUUCAGUGGACGAGUUUCCCCAGCAGAGUUAACCUGUGACACUCUGAUCCUGCUGUCCACAAACCUGACAGCGAGGACGUUGGCGUUGCUAAACCAGACGUUCACCAUCAGCAACACUUCAGGUCUGUAUUGUGACCUGUCUGUGGAUGGUAUAGGAACCUGUUGGCCCCGCAGUGCAGCAGGAGAGCUGAUCUCCAGACCCUGUCCUGAACAGUUCAAUGGCAUCCACUACAACACCACCAACAGGGUGUACAGAGAGUGUCAGUCCAAUGGCAGCUGGGCUCCUCGGGGAAACUACAGUCAGUGCACGGAGAUCAUCGUCCUGAGGAAGAGUAAAGUUCAUUAUCAGGUUGCUGUGAUCAUCAACUAUCUGGGUCACUGUAUCUCUCUGGGAGCUCUGCUGCUCGCCUUCACACUCUUCAUGAGACUCAGGAGUAUUCGCUGUCUGAGAAAUAUCAUCCACUGGAAUCUGAUCUCAGCGUUCAUCCUGAGAAACGCUACCUGGUUCAUCGUCCAGCUCACUAUGAACCCUGCUGUUACUGAGAGCAACCAGGUGUGGUGCCGCUUGGUGACGGCAGGUUAUAAUUAUUUCCAUGUGACAAACUUCUUCUGGAUGUUUGGUGAAGGUUGUUAUCUUCACACGGCCGUCGUCCUAACAUACUCCACCGACAAACUCAGGAAGUGGAUGUUCAUCUGCAUCGGCUGGGGUAUUCCAUUCCCCAUCAUAGUGUUCUGGGCGUUUGGGAAGCUUUACUACGACAAUGAGAAGUGCUGGUUUGGAAAAAGGGCAGGGGUUUAUACAGACUACAUCUACCAAGGUCCAAUGAUCCUGGUCCUGCUGAUCAACUUUGUCUUCCUGUUCAACAUCGUCCGGAUCCUGAUGACCAAACUAAGGGCGUCGACCACCUCAGAGACCAUCCAGUACAGGAAGGCGGUGAAGGCGACUCUGGUGCUGCUGCCUCUUUUGGGAAUCACCUACAUGUUGUUCUUCGUGAACCCCGGAGGAGAAGAUGAAGUCGCUCAGAUCGUCUUUAUCUACUUUAACUCCAUCUUAGAGUCCUUCCAGGGUUUCUUUGUCUCUGUUUUCUACUGUUUUCUCAACAGUGAGGUGCGGUCUGCAGUCAGGAAGCGUUGGAUUCGUUGGCAGGAUCGUCACUCCUUUAGGAGCCGGGCGGUGCGUGCCACGUCACUCCCCACCUCCCCGAGCAGAGUCUCCUUCCACAGCAUCAAACAGUCUUCCAACCUCUGACCCCCGACAGACUCAAACUCAUUCAACAACAACAACAACCUGUGAUGUCACUGCAGUGAGCCAAUCAGAGGCUUCGCUCAACCUAUCAAUGGAUCAGGUCAAACCCGGCAAUCACAGUGCAGGGGACAGACUUGUGGAGCCAAUCAGACAGACCCUGUUGGCCAGGUCUCUGUGCCCCCCCCUCCCCCACACCCCCUCGUAAUGUAUUGACAGUUCACUGGGGUUGACCAAUCAGCUGAGUCCGUGGAGUGACAGACAAGAAGACAGGUGUCCCAACAUGCAGCUGAACUGUGUUCAUAUAGUCAUUUCAUUAUUGACAAGCCAACUGUUCUUGAGCUAAUGUUAUAUUCAUCACCAGCUUUCUCUUGUUUAACAGAGACAACACAACACACACACACACACACACACACACACACACACACACACACACACACACACACACACACACACACACACACACAGUAGCUGGUAGUCCCUGUUUGUGUUGCCUGUUUGACGUUACUGACACUUUUGGAUUGAGCUAGUCCAUGGUUUUAUUUUGACUGAUAUCUCAAACUGGAUGUCACUGGACCAGUUCAGAUCAUAGACUGUAUAUAAAACGGACACCAUCUCGCUCCACUCAAAGUGAGGCCGCCACAGAAACUGCUCCCCCUAGUGGCUUGCUGCAGUAUAAGUCCUCGCUAGCUGUUGGCUAGAACCAGGGGUGCAGCUUGCUCAGCUGGAAGUGAAGCU